AUGUCAACAAAUUCGAAAGAUUCACUUGUAAUUCCGCGUUUUUGUGACACCUGGACUCCAGAACAGCGAUUUAACCUUGCCGUUAUUUGCACGUAUGUGGUUAACACCACUAGCUGGUCCCAUAAUGAAAAAGAACAGAUUUUUCGGCGAACCUUUACUGCCGGAGUUUAUAAACACUUGGGGAUUGAGAAUACAAAUGAAAAGAAUGUAUUACAAGAAAUGCUAAAGGAUGAAAAUAAUUCACCAGAUCUCAAAUUAAUAGCAGACAGCUACAUAAAUGCUGACGAUAUGGAAAAUAAGGGGACAAGGGAUAUUCGUUCCGAGGUUAUCUCAGAUUUAUUAGUGAUCUGCUUGGGUUUCAUGCCCGCACUAGUGACAGAUACAGAAAAGCCACAACAACCGUCCUCGGCUAUCAAACCUGCCAGGCGCGCGAGUGUAAAAGAGAGACUUGAUAAAUUAUUUAAUAAAACAGUUGAGGAAGUUGAACAAAUUGAACAAGUUGUGGAAAAUAAAGUUGAACAAGCUAUAGAGAAUGAAGUCUCUAAUUUAGAAAUCUCGGAUCCAGAUAAGAUUAAGCCCGCAGAAUAUGAUGCGAGAGCAAGAGCGAUUCUAUUCGAAGUUUCCGACUAUCUAAAAUAUUCGCCCUCGGAUGUUUUGAAGCUUGAAGAUGCGAUGGCGCAACAAUUAUAUUCCAUUCAGCAGGAACACGAAGCCAAUGCCAAAAACGAUGAUAACCUUCAAAAAUUGCAGUCCAGUGCAAAUGAAACUGUAACUAAGCAUGAUAAACGUAAACAAAAAUUGAGGUGGUUGGCGACGGGUGUUGGGGUUAUAGUAGGUGCUACCGCCAUUGGUAUCACCGGUGGAAUAGCCGCGCCAUUUGUGGCGUUAGGCUUGGGAGCAAUCACGGGAGGCCUUUUCAUCACAUCUUCAACUCUCGUUUUGAUCACUGGAUUAUUUGGGAUCGCAGGAGGAGGUCUUGCGGGAUACAAGAUGCGUAAAAGAACCAAAGGUUUACAUGAAUUUGAAUUCAAACAAAUUGAGCGAGAGCAGAAUGAAUUGCCUCAGAUUCCAUCGCUUUAUGUGCGCUAUUUGCUAGAUGAUCAUAAUGAAGUGACCACUCCCUGGCUUCCAACAUUUCAAAAGACUACCGAGUAUCACGACACGUAUGCGCUGACAUUUGACACGGAAAUUCUUCGAGCAUUAGGAAAAGCAUUCAGACGGUUCCUCGCAGAACAUGCUGUAAAAAUGGCAGCUCAUGAAGUCAUAAAGCAUACCGUAUUCGGAUUGCUGUCAAGUGCUCUUUUCUUGCCAGCCACUGUAAUGAAAGCGGGAGACCUCAUUGAUAAUCCCUGGGCUUUGGGAAUUGAUCGUGCAUCCAAGGCAGGAUUGAUAUUGGCGGAUGUUUUAUCAGAGCGUGUGCAAGGCAAAAGGCCUACAAUUUUGGUUGGUUAUUCUUUGGGCGCAUUGGUAAUUUGGGAAUGCUUGCAAGAAUUGGCGAGGAGAGAAGAAUACGGAUUAAUUGAUAGUGUCAUUCUUAUCGGAGCACCAAUCUCGGCUGAGCAUGUAGAGAGAUGGGAAUUAGCAUCCACAGUUGUUUCACGUCGAAUCGUUAACGCAUACGCCACGAAUGACUUGGUACUAGCAGUAGUGUACCGAAUGCAUGCGCUAGAUUUGAAUGUGGCCGGUCUUAAAGCUGUGAAUUCACCAAGAGUUGAAAAUUAUGAUGUGACUUCAUAUACGAGUGGGCAUUUGGGAUAUAAAGAACCUGAAACUCUAACCAAAAUAUUAAAAAGAGUUGGGGUUGAAUAUAAGAGUAGUAAUUGA